AUGAAGGAAUUGAAUCAAUGAAACAUAUUCAUAUUUCAAACUCCCUAGCUACCAAAUUCUCUCUCAAAGAUCUUGUUCAUUUAUCCUACUUUCUUGGUGUUGAGGUUCUUUCUCACGCUCAUGGAAUUCUUAUUUCUCAACAUAAUAUAUUUGUGAUCUUCUUUCUCGAGCCGAAAUGAGUGAUUCUAAGCCGAUCCUCACACCGAUUACGUGCUCCUAGUCACUUUACACAUCACCCACGGACUACCACUUGUUUCUUCAAAGUUCAAACUCGACACUUACGGGGGGCAAAAAUGACUACUAACGGAUAGAUGAAGGGCCGUUUUUUGUAAUUACUUUAUCUAUCACAGAACCUAAAACCCCCAAGAAAAGAAAUCCUGAUCCUGUGGUGUGGUCUACCCGAAUUUGAAGAAGAAAUCUCAAAAUGAUGGAACCGUUAUUUCAUUGAUAGUUGCAGAAAUGAAGUCACUACUUUCAAGAAUGAGCGUGAGGUUUUUAUCUUAUGGAAUCACCAAUUUCACCACGAAUCGUUCGGCAGUCAAAACCAUAAAUAAUUACGGCUUUCCAUUGAUGACGAGAUUUGGCACUCGGUGUUCUCUUAAAACCGCCGCGAAGACGAAGAAAUCCGAUUCAAAAAUGGAUGACGGUUUCUUUGUUGUCCGGAAAGGGGAUCUCGUUGGUGUCUACAACAACUUAAUUGAUUGUCAGGCUCAAGUUGGAUCUUCGGUAUGUGAUCCUCCUGUUAGUGUAUAUAAAGGCUAUACAAUGUCCAAAGAAUGUGAGGCCUAUUUGGAGUCUUGUGGGCUUAAAAACGCUCUUUAUUCCAUCAGAGCAGUAGAUUUGAGACACGAAUUGUUCGGUACCCUUGUGCCCUGUCCUUUCCAGCAUCCACAUGUUUCAAUAGACCAACCUGAAAAAGAUUUGUGGUCACAAACUGGGCAUGCUUGUGUUCUUGAGUUCGAUGGUGCGUGUAAAGGGAAUCCAGGACAGUCAGGGGCGGGAGCCGUGCUUCGAACUCCUGACGGAAGUUUGAUUUAUAGACUGCGUGAAGGUUUGGGUGUGGCGACUAAUAAUGUUGCAGAAUAUCGAGCAAUGAUUUUAGGGCUGAGAUAUGCUCUUAGCAAAGGUUUCACAAGUAUACGUGUUGUUGGUGACUCUAAACUUGUCUGCAUGCAGAUUCAAGGGCUAUGGAAGGUGAGGAAUAAGAAUAUAAUCAAGUGGUAUGAGGAAGCAAAGAGAUUGAAGGAUGAGUUUAUGUUUUUUCAGAUCAAUCAUGUCUUAAGGGACAAAAACUCAGAGGCUGAUGCUCAGGCAAACUUAGCUGUAGUUCUUGCAGUUGGUGAGGUGCAAGAGGAGGAGGUCGAGAUUGGCGAAACUGAAAGUCAAAGUCAAUGAAGCUAACAGGAUUCACUCUUUAACCCAAUUGUUCAUAGUUUCAAGCAACUAUAUAUAUUUAUACUCACACCCAAUGUUGUCUAUGGUGCAAGUGAUAUUCAGUUAUGCUUGUGACCUUAUUUAAAGAUAAAGGAACAAGUGAUGCUGUUGUUAUUGUCACUAUUGGUGACUUUCAGAUGUAUGUUAGUUAUUUAAUCAAAAGUAAAAGUAAAUGAUGUAAUUGAUAAUAUAACUAAGAAAUUUAUUUUGUAGUUAAAGUUUCA